AUAUAAAACCUUUCCCCUUCUUGGUUUGCGUCACAGUAGUUACGCAACCAACAUACACAAGUUGGCAAGGAUGAAGAUAUCAAUAUUGUUGCUUUAUCUGCCUUUCUGUGUGUGUGAGGUGAAUCUUGGAUUCUUUGGAGAAGUCCAUGGCACCUCCAUCCCUCUCUUGGGCCCUCAGCACCCUCCUGUGCCCUUGGGAGCAGGUCCUGAUCAUGGACCGGUUCAUCCUGAUGAACUAGAUAUACAUGGUUCUCCACAUUCUUCAUUCCUUCUCCCUCAUCCCCCCUUCGCUGGAAAUUUAGCACCCCUUAUUCAUCAUGAUACCAGUCCUUAUCAUCAUCCUAAACCUCAUCAUCCUGAUCCUUAUCACCCAGAACCUUAUCAUCCUGAUCCCUAUCAUCAAAAACCUUAUCAUCAUGAUCCACACCACCCUAAUCCAUACCUUCCAAAGCCUUAUCAUCAUGAGCCAUACCAUCCUGAACCGUUUCAUCAUGAGCCUUACCAUCCUGAUCCCUACCAUCCUGAACCAUACCAUCCAGAACCUCAUCAUCCUGAUCUUUAUCACCCGGAACCUUACUAUCCUGAACCGUAUCAUCAUGAACCGUAUCAUCAUGAGCCGUACCAACCUGAACCAUACCAUCCUGAACCGUAUCAUCAUGAGCCGUACCAUCCUGAACCAUAUCAUCCUGAUCCAUACCACCCUGAGCCAUAUCAUCCUGAUCCCUACCACCAUGAACCCCACCAUCCUCGACAGUAUCCCCAACACCAUGAACCCUACCAUCAUGAUGUACCCACAUAUGUGCAUGUCAGCUAUGGAUAUGGACACUAUGCACCACAUGAUGGACCUGGACCUAUCCCUGUUGGACCUGGGCCAAUUGUUGAUGGACAGUUAACUGGUGUAGUUCCUGCUGGACCUGGAGAUGCUUUAGCUAAAGUAAUUCCCGGUGCUGAAGAGCUUGGGUUCGCUCCCAUAUAGAUAAUUUAUAUAUUAUUUAUCUAAUUUAAUAAAACUGAAUCUUAAAAAUAAGUUAU